AUGAACGCCCCUGUCAAUGCGCGUGAUCCUUUGGGAAGGACCCCUCUCGCACAAGCUGCCUUCUUGGGACUGAACUCAACUAUCAAGUUUCUUCUAGCUGCCGGUGCUUCAGUCAAUAUCAACGACGAACAUGGCGAGACUCCUGCGUCAUUGGCCGCCAAGACAGACAACUGGGUGGCUCUAUCACGCCUCAUGGGAUAUGGGGCUGUCAUUCAAGUACAGGGCUAUGACUUGAACAAGCGAAAUUCAGACGGCCGAAGUCCCGCAUCAGUGAUCGCACAGGAAGGUAAUGAGCCAUUUCUUCGACUAUUGGUAGAGAAGGGAGCGGAUAUUAGAGCUCAAGAUUUUGAUGGUCGAACGCCUUUGUAUUGGGCCAUUGUCAGUGGCAAUAUCCCGACCCUUGAAGUCUUCUUGGAGAUGGACGUCGACAUAGAAUAUCGAGCGUCUAAUGAAAGGCAAACCCCCCUAUCAUGGGCUGCGAGUCACUCAAACCUGCAAGCUGUGCGUGUUCUUCGUGAGAGGGGCUCCGAGAUCAAUGCGCCUGACGAGAAUGGCCAGACACCCCUAGAUUGGGCUUGCGCAGCCUCGAGAAGCUGGAACAGAAUGGGGAUCAUAAGGACGCUUCUUGCGCACGGCGCCAAAUCGGGUGUUGGUGACAGCAACCUCCUGUGGGGCUACGCUCAGGCUGACUUCGACUUAGGAGUGGUCCAUCUACUCCAAGAAUACGGACAUGAAUUCGACAUGUGCUCAAAGGACGCAAAGGGCAAGACUUUGUUACACUACGCCGCAGUAUCAGGGCGGGCGAGCGACUUUGAAAAACUGUCUGUUUCAACUGAGCUCGACUUGAAUCUAGAGGAUGACGACGGCAGGACAGCCUUGUGGCACGCAAUCAACCGUGGCUCCUCAUCGAUGCGUACAAAUAUGGUGCAGCUGAUAUUGGAUAAUCCGGGAGCUGACCACAACUGCAGCAAUGGUCAACAAGCGUUGAAAGACGCUAUCGAGCUCAACGAUUGGCGCUUUGUGGAGCUGCUGAUUACUCGGAAGGUCGUAGACGUCAACGGGGUAUUCGAUGGGGAAGUCCCCAUGAUGACCGCGGCCAGAACGGGUGAUCUGAUAACGUUCAUGUUACUCAAAGAGCAUGGCGCCGUCUGGGGACAGAAUGAAUGUAGCAACGUGGAGAUUCUGUCGGAGAUUUCCUGGAGAUUCUUCGACAAGGAUACGAAGACCUGGUCCUGCUAUCGAGGUCAGCUGUUGUGA